AUCCUUCUUCACCGUUUGCAUUGUCUGUCCAGGCUGCUUCUCACUAAGGCUUCGCGUCUGCACGGAUACAUCUCACGAGCAUCACUCAUUCGAGUCUCUCUGUCUCACAAUGGAUCCCAGAAAUGCACAGCUCGCUGCAUUUGUCUUCCUUGCGAUGGUCGUCGUGGCCAACGCUCAGGCGUGCCCCGGUUUGACGAGCUACGCAUCCUGCCUUCAGUACGGGAAGAAAGGCAACGCCUUUCCACCCGCCAACAGCCCAUGCUGCCAGAAAAUCAGAACCACUUCCGAGAAGUGCUUGUGCGACACUGCUUCCAACAACAACGGACUCGCUGACUUCGACCAACUUAUCCAGCUGCCUCAGAAGUGUGGUCGCACCGUUCCUAAGGGCACCUACUGCCGAGGCAAGAAGGUUCCCGGAUGGUAGAGCUCCGGCUCUUCAUUGCGGCACUUGGAUGAGCAUGAGGUAUACAAAGGUCGCCGCCAAAGUUUGUCUGUGAGACUACUUGUCGUUGACUGCGGGGAAUUGAGCUGUAGGUCCCUGAUAGCAAGCUGUUCAUAGCAGCCUCGCAGUGACUCGAGAUUUCAACAUUAUCAUCGUGUAGCUUUGAGGAUACUUAAUCACACGAAGCUGCCAGUAGUGACUAGUUGAGACAUCUCUAGCUUCUCUCUUCCCUUUUCUUCGUCACAUCAUCAUCCUCCUCCGUUACCCCACAGCAGCCCAGGUACAGGCUCAGAUGCAUAUGGUGACCCAGAUGCAAGCUGAGUGUAGCUGGCUGCAAUUUGUGUCCCUCGUUCCAGAUCUUUUGUCACCUCAAGAGUGCCGAAAAUACUCUUUAAUAUGAACUGCCAUCCGCAGCAAGUGAUGUUAUUCGUCUUCAG